AUGACGUCCCGACAUCCCCGUCGUGGGCGGGUUAUCAACGCACCUCCACCGUCUUUACUCGCCUCUUCAGAGACGCCGUCAGCUCCUCGAUCCCGUCUUCGUAUGAAGAAGGGAGACACCUUCCACUACACUACCACUUCGCCCUCGGACGGCCUACUCCUCAAUCUCCCACUUUUGCCUCGCUCUCCGACUUCUCCCGGAGCCCUCGAAGCUAUCGCAGCCGGUCAGGAACGCAUGUCUAAGAUCUUAGGUCGUAUCGAAAACGGUUCUUUCCGUACUCGUGGCCGGUUCGAUGAGGAUGACAAAUCUUCUGAUUCCGAGGAUAGCUUGGAGGCCCAUUUUCAGCGGUUGAAGUUGAGCAAGGAGGAUCUGGACAAACGAUUUGCGAAGAAGAACCGACGGACACAUUGCCACGCUUCCGAUAGUGGGCUAGGAACUUCGAUCAGUAGCCGUCAGUCUACGUCUUCUAAACAAGAGAAAGCUGGCAAAUCGGCCUCCAAAUCCCAGGCUCUGUCUGCCGUCCUAAGCUCAAUGCAUCCUGCCGAAAAUGAGGCUACACCCAAGCAGAAGCUUAGCCCCGCGUCAUGCUUGGAAAUUGAGAAUCGCAUCUUGACACCUCUUCUGGGAAUGGAGCCAUGCAAGCCCUUCCGUCACGUCGUGGAGGGUGCUCGUCAACAGAUGGAAAGCGAUAAGUUUAGGACUUUGCGUGAUCUUGAGAAGGCGCUGCUCUACGUAGCUGCAGAUGUCGAGGCCGAACUCAGCUUCUACUAUCAAUUCUGCAACUCCACCAUCUUGUGCCUGCACGAGACCUACACCACUGUCGACCCUCGUGACUUGUGCAUGCCGACCGAUCGCCCCUACAGCAACUCUUACUUCCUCGAUCUGACCGCUCAAGUCCACCGUUUCAAGGCCAUGAGGGAUGAGGCUCGUAAGAAUAAGAAGGAGAUGCCGAGGCUUGUUGUGGAGGGUGGUAUGGCCGACACAGGGCGUCCACUUGAGCUUGUGGUCGAGAAGGAUGGCGAGAUGAUUUCACUGGAAAGUGGAAAACUCUUCGACGCGCAUGCCGUUCCUGUGGUGAAGCGAGCCCUGAGUCUGGGAGCCACUGAUGAGGGCGCCAGGCGGUCCAUGGCCCGGCGCAAGAAGAACGCCCCUCCCAUGAACAUCAACACAAAAUGCUCCCACUGCGAUAAGAUAUUCCAAAGACCUUGUGAUUUAACCAAACAUGAGAAGACUCAUUCACGACCGUUCAAAUGCCCGUUCGAAGGAUGCAAGUAUUACGAGCUUGGCUGGCCCACCGAGAAGGAAAACGAGCGCCAUAUCAAUGAUCGCCACUCGGCCACUCCUCGCAUGUAUGCCUGCACUUUCAAUGGUUGCUCGUACAAGUCCAAGCGCGAGAGUAACUGCAAGCAGCACAUGGAGAAAGCCCAUGGAUGGAACUAUGUGCGCGCGAAGAACAACGGACGCAAUGCCAAGCGCCGUCCCUCACCUGUACAAGCCAGCCCUGGUCAGGAGAGUGUCGCCCAGCCGAGCCCGCAGCAACUGAGUCCCGGCCAAGCUAGCUCCGUUAAUCUGGCACCGUCUCAGAUGACCCCUCUGCAGAUGAGCCCUGACCACAUGAGCUCACUUCCAAUGAUCCCGGACCACCUGGAUUCCCUGCAAAUGACCCCGGAGCACUACAGCCCGGAGACCUACAGCCCUGAGCACUACACUCCGGAGCAGUAUAGCCCAUCUAACCAGAUGCACUCUGUGCAAUUGAGCCCUGCUCCAAUCAGCUCCGGGCAACUUAGUCCGGCGCAAGCGAGCCACACUCAAGCUAGCACUCCCGCAUCUGGCCCAAUCCAGUCGCCGACCGGGUUUUUGAACAAUUACGCGCAAAGCCAGAUGUUCCAGCUUCAAGACCCCUUCACUCAGUUGAAGAACGAGGACUGCCUCUUGUACAUGGACAAUGACUUUGCCAACGACUUUGCCACGUUCAACAACGGAACGUCUGGCUUCUUUGAAGAUGCUUCCUUCGGCUACACAGACCCCAUGUACCAGCCGGGACCAGUCGAUAUGAGUGCAAUUGAAGCCUUGUGCGACGAUCCUUACAUGAACAAUGUGUUCAUGGACACUUUCGGCACUGGGACUGGCACCGAUGAGAGCAUGUUCCCGACGUUCAGUCAAGGCGGCAUGCCUCAAUUUUAG